CUACAGGAAGUGAUUUGCAGUGUUCACUGAGCCUUUUGUUGAAAAGGGUCCUUCUCAUUUGUGUGAGUCAUGCUUUUGCUGUGAGCGACUUGGCAGCUCUAAGCAGGACUGGGAUCUCUGUCAUAGAAAACUGUUACUUCACCCAACCUUAACGUGGAACCAUACAUUUAUUUAAAAUUUUUUUGCACUUAUACUUUUUAUUCUUUUUAAGCCAAAAUUUACUCUCUGUCCUCAUUAUUAUGAAUCGCCUGCUAUGUUAGUGCAGGCAUCUCCUGCAUUGGCAUCAGAUUUGCCAGAACAUAUGCAGGAAACCAGAUAGAAGGGCAUGCUUCAGCGUACCAAGUAUAACCGUUUCAGGAAUGAUUCAGUGACAUCAGUUGAUGAUCUUAUUCACAAUUUGUCCAUGAACAGCAAAGUCUCAGCAGUUGCUACGACCUCAACAGCACCUUCAUACCUGGUCUCGCCUGAAGUUCUCCGCAAAGACCAAGAAGAUGGACCCACCACCUUUUGUACCCUCAUCCAUAAGGUGUCCCACUUGAAACUCUCCAACACAGGCAGCCUUUUGGGUAUCAAAAAUCUCUCCUCUGCAGUGAAGGAGCUUGCUGUCUCCAAAUUGCAGGGAAGCUCGAGUGCUUCUAGCUCAGCAGCAGGGGCUUCAGAAAACACAUGUAACCUUGUCUCUGCCACUCCGUGUUCUCAGCAGGACAUGAGCAAGAUGAAUACAGGAAAAAAAACACGGUCAGAGGAAAUGCACCUGGGAGGUGAAGACUGGAAUCAAAGUAGCAGCUUUGUCAAUAAACCCUCCCGAGGGUGGCUGCACUCGAAUGAGAAGAUCCUGGGACCUGGUGUGACGUACGUUGUGAAGUACUUGGGGUGUAUAGAGGUCUUGCGCUCAAUGAGAUCUCUUGACUUCAAUACAAGAACACAGAUUACAAGGGAAGCAAUCAGCCGUGUUUGUGAAGCAGUACCUGGAGCCAAAGCAGCCUUCAAAAAAAGAAAGCCACCAAGCAAAGUUCUCUCUAGCGUCUUGGGAAAGAGCAAUCUUCAGUUUGCAGGAAUGAACAUAACUCUGAAUAUUUCCACCACCAGCCUAAAUCUAGUGACUCCUGAUUCAAAACAGAUCAUAGCAAAUCAUCAUAUGCAGUCUAUUUCCUUUGCCUCUGGAGGUGAUCCGGAUACAACAGACUAUGUUGCAUAUGUAGCUAAGGACCCUGUUAAUCGCAGAGCAUGCCAUAUACUGGAAUGCUGUGAUGACCUGGCCCAGGAUAUUAUCAGCACCAUAGGGCAAGCAUUUGAACUUCGAUUUAAGCAAUAUUUACGGUGUCCCUCUAUGAUACCUGCUCUCCAUGAUAAGAUGCAGAGUUUUGAUGAACCUUGGAUGGAGGAAAAUGGAGAGCCAGCAGAACAUCCCUAUUACAACAGCAUUCCUAAUAAAAUGCCUCCUACUGGUGGCUUUAUUGAUGCUAGAUUCAAAACUAGGAUCCCAAAUGCCGCAGAUACUGCUCAGUCUGCAGCAGCAGCAAGAGAACAAACAUACUACCAGAGUCGACACUUCGGAGACAAAUUCAGUGAAGACUGGCAGCAUGCUCCUGUUAAACAAGGGUCCUUGGACAUUUACAGCGUGCCAGAAGGGAACCCUCAGGUAACCCCAACAGGAGAGGUGCCAGCUUAUGUGAACACCCAACAUAUAAACAUGGAAGCUCUACUUGCACUUCAGGCAGAUGCUGAAAGUGCAUUCAGUGGAACAAAAGAGUGUACCAAAGACAGCAGUCCAAGAAAAGAUCUGUUUGAUAUGAAACCUUUUGAAGACGCUCUCAAGAACCAGGCAACUGGGCCUGCGCUGAAUAAGGCUCCCUCGGUUGAGUGCACCAGUCCUCGAUUACCCAGAGCAGCUAACUGCACUAUAAUGAACGAGCUGAAUACGGAGCCUUGGUAUCAAGGAGAGAUAAGUAGGAAAGAAGCAGAACAAAUGUUAAAGAAAUGUGGAGACUUCCUGGUCAGGAAAAGCACCACAAAUCCAGGCUCCUAUGUGCUGACUGGUAUGCACAAUAGGCAAGCCAAACAUCUUCUUUUAGUGGAUCCGGAAGGAACUGUUCGUACAAAGGAUCGUGUAUUUGAUAGCAUAAGCCAUCUCAUCAACCAUCAUCUUGAGAACAAUUUGCCAAUAGUUUCCGCUGGAAGUGAACUCUGCCUCCAGCAGCCAGUUGAGAGGAAACAGUGACCAAUGGUGACAUGUUCAGCAUUUGUAAUCUAUAACCACUGCAGUGGACACUGCAAACCUGGAAACAUGUACAUUAAAAAAUACACACAUCUAUCUAUCUAUCUAUCACCAAUAUGUUUUCCUGAGCUUUAAAAAGCCCCAUCCCGUACAGUACCACUUGACAUUUCUUACUGCUCUAUGCCGACAUGAAGUAUGAUU